UUUUGUUCGCCCAAACGCACUCCGAGGAAAGGGAAAUCCAGAAACUGAUAAAAACUCGAUGAAUAGUGGUGCUAAAGUGAAGAUUAGCGUAAUCUCAUGUAAAUCAACAAAACAGUGAGCAUGCAGCGGGAAGAGAAACAGUUUGAAAUGCUGAUGGAGGCGGUGCUCAAUCGGCUGAACGAUUUGAUACACGCUAUCGGCGGCAUGAUACACCGUUUGGAGACCGAGUACGAAACGCUUAACUGGCCUACAUUUCUGGAUAACUACGCGCUCAUCUCGGGUCACGUGACGGGUUUGAUGAAAAUACUGAGCUCGGAAAUCGGGACCCCACUGCGGAAUCUAACGGUGCUUCCGCUGAUGCUCACACAGGAACGCGAUGAAGCCUUGUCCCAGCUUACCGAUGGCCGGGUGGCGAUGUUUUCACACGAUCUUGCACCGGAUUAUCUGCGAACCAAGCCCGAUCCCGGCGCCGAAACCAGGUUAGCGACGCAUGAAACCAAGGCAAACAAUCUUACCAACGAAGCCGGCAUCAAACAGGUUGCACAGUACAAUAAGGUGAUCUCGCACGUCUGGGAUAUCCUGAACAAGGCGAAAGAGGACUGGGAAAAUGAAUCUUCCACCCGGCCAGGCAUCCAGCAGACUAGCUCGAUGGCCGACACUCAGGCGCUGGUGGCUGCCGUGGGUGUCGGUAAUGGAUUGACCGUGCCUGUGGUGCCGAACGCUGGUGUCAUGAUACCGCCCGCCAUUCGCCAGGGCUCUCCAAUGGGCCCGAUUCCGCCGGUCGGUGCGGCUCCGAUGGGGAAAAUUCCGUCCGGUAUUAAAACUAACAUUAAGGCGGCAAACCAAGUGCAUCCGUAUCGACAGAACCAGUCGUAAGAC